GUAUUCAAAUUUGGGUGGAUCGGGUCUUGGUCCAGUGAAUGAAAAUCCAUACUGCAUAUCAGAUAUUUACAUGAUGAUUCUUAACAAUAGCAAAAUUACAGUUAUGAAGUACCAACAGAAGUAAUUUUAUGGUUGGGGGUCAACACAAUAUGAUGAAGUGCAUUAAGGGGUCACAGCAUCAGGAAGGUUGAUUUAGCUGACUUUGAUCGUCUUUGCCCACAGAUCUCUAUCUUAAGGAAAAUGCGUCUCUCUAACGGCUACGGACUUCUACGGUUAGCCAUGGAUGGCAUACCAGCCCGGGAAGAUCCCCAUCUGUCCAUCAAGGAUUUGGUUUUGGAUGGAGUCCCCGUGAGGAUGUAUCAGCCGAGAAGACCCUUUGGUGGGAAAAGGAGAGGAAUCUUGUACUUUCAUGGUGGAAUCGGGCAAUUUGGAAGCGUGGCGGCCUAUGACAGACUGUGCCGGCGCAUUGCAAAGGACAGCGAUUCCAUCGUGAUCUCAGUUGAGUAUCGUUUGGCUCCUGAGAAUCCAUAUCCAACCCAGUUCUUGGACUGUCUGAAGGCCACCGUACAUUUCCUGAAGAACGUGGAAGACUAUGGAGUGGACCCUGCCUCGGUCAUAAUUUCAGGAGAUAGCAUUGGAGGCACGCUAGCUUCUGCGGUUUGCCAGGGCCUGGUGAACAGACCGGACCUCCCCAAAGUCCGCGCCCAGGUUCUGAUCUACCCCUUCCUCCAGGCCGUGGACUUCAACUUGCCCUCCUAUCAGAAGAACCGCCACAUGCCCCUCUUCAGCCAGAGACUCGUGGUGGAGUUUGGCCUUCAGUACCUUCAGAAGGAUUUGGCGUUGACGGAGGGGGCGCUGAAAGGUUUCCACGUGCCCAAGGAGAAGAAGCGGAAAUAUGGCCGAUGGCUUUGGCCGGAGAAGAGCGCCGAGGAGUUUGAAGGCGAGGACGACGCGCUGACGUGGCCGAAGGGAACGGUGGACGAGAUCUUCGAGACAACCUUUUCUCCUCUCCUCGCUGAAGAUUCCGUGAUCCGACAACUUCCCGAGGCGUAUAUCUUGACCUGUACGUCUGACGUGUUUAUGGACGAUGGGCACUUGUAUAAGAAACGGCUGGAGGACAAUGGCCGUAAAGUGACCUGGUACCAACUCGAUGAUGGCUUCCACGGAGUCCUGUAUUUCGUUGACCAUUGGCUUUUCUCCUUUUCAGGUUCUCAGAUAUGCUUAGACAGCAUAGUAGGCUUCCUAAGAAGUUUGUAAGUACCAAGUAUGAUAGCUAAUACGCACAUAUUGUAGCUGUUGGUUGAGAUCUUGGGCCGAAGAGGUGGAACAUAACUCAGAAAACCUCAGCGGGUUUCCAUGACCAAGCAGGAACUUGAUCCUUGGUCCACAUAUUGAUCCUUGGUCCACAUAGUUGUAUCCUUGGUCCAUAUAUUGAUCCUUGGUCCACAUAGUUGUAUCCUUGGUCCACAUAUUGAUCCUUGGUCCACAUAGUUGUAUCCUUGGUCCACAUAUUGAUCCUUGGUCCACAUAGUUGUAUCCUUGGUCCACAUAUUGAUCCUUGGUCCACAUAGUUGUAUCCUUGGUCCACAUAUUGAUCCUUGGUCCACAUAGUUGUAGCCCAAUGCUCAAACACUAUACCACAAUUCCCCAAAAGCAAUAGAAAGGGUGCUCUGCAAUAGCAGUAGUCCAAGACACAACGAUCAGUAGUCCAAGGUAGGAAGGUACUAAUAAUCCAUGAAGACAAGGAACAUGAAAUCCAUGAAGACAAGGAACAUGAAAUCCAUGAAGUCAGGAGCAUAAAACCACAAAUCCAUAAGUGUGAGUCAAGAACAUAGACAAUAAUUAAUCCAUAGGUAUGAAAGCAGGAACAUAGGUAACUUGGGAGAGAAUCGGCUGUUUACAGAGACAUUGCUCGGAUGUGUUACCAUUCUGUGGGAGGCUUCUCUCAUGUCCCUGCAUGGGAAGCUGGGGCUGACAGAUGGGAGCUUGCCCCAUCUCACGGAUUCAAACCACCAAUCUUCAGAUCUUCAGCACAGAGGUUUACCCCAUUGUGCAUCCUUCGCUCUUCAGAUUAAAAUACAAUAAAUACACAGAAUACACUCAAAAUAGUGUGUAACUUGCCACCUAGUGGUUGUUUUCGGCAUGAACGUGUAUACAGGAGGACCAAGGAGACCCAGAAAAGUGUACUCUUCCUCUUGAGCUUGCCAACCAAACCUGCCAGCACAACAUUAAAAAUGUUGGAAAUACUCUACACCCUGCAAUAUGAAAUAUUCAGCCAGGAUGAAAUUCUCCACGCAGAAAUAAACAAGCAUCUCAUUAAUAUGCAAAUUUGUUCCAAUCUUUAAUACAUGGUAAAAUGAUAUGCAUACCAAAGAAUUGUUUUGAAAUAAAUCUUUGUUGUGAUGAGUUAUCAGGAAAUGUUUGGCUUGUGUUAUAUACCUGGAGUCACCUAGAAAAGUUUAGGAACCCUAUAUACAUACAUACAUACAUAUGUGUGUGUGUAUACUAGGCAUGUGUGAUCGAUAAAAAAUGUUUCAAAAGUCAUUACGAAAUUUUUCUGCUUUCCCCUAUUGAGUCAGUUUCGAUUCUUAGGUUUUUGGUGCAUGUCGGAUAUCGCGUCGUAAGCACGAAUGUAAUGAAUUUUAUACGACUUACGAUGAAUAACGAAAAAUUGCACAACCCUAAUAUAUACCUUGUGCGUAUCCUUCCCAAUAUUGAAAUAUGGCUCUCGUGUCCCUGAUCCAGCACUUGCAAAUCAGGGAAGUUAUUUCCGACUCGAAUGUCCACGUAAUUUAGCAAGGGGGAAUAUAAUGUAAUUACACAUUCUUUGGGAGGCUUCUGAGGUUUACAAAAAUGCACACAAAAAGUGUUGAGUAAGUUUCGAUCCUUAAGCUUUUGGCUCAUGUCAGAUAUCGCCUUGUAAGCACGAAUUUAACGAAUUUUAUACGACAAGUUUCGAUCCUUAAGUUUUUGGUGCAUGUCGGAUAUCGCCUUGUAAGCACGAAUUUAACUAAUUUUAUACGACAAGUUUCGAUUCUUAAGCUUUUGGCACAUGUCGGAUAUUGCCUCGUAAGCACGAAUUUAACAAAUUUUAUACAACAAGUUUCGAUCCUUAAGUUUUUGGUGCAUGUCGGAUAUCGCCUCGUAAGCACGAAUUUAACUAAUUUUAUACGACAAGUUUCGAUUCUUAAGCUUUUGGCGCAUGUCGGAUAUUGCCUCGUAAGCACAAAUUUAACAAAUUUUAAACGACAAGUUUUGAUUCUUAAGCUUUUGGAGCGUGUCUGAUACCGCCUCGUAAGCAUGAAUUUAACUAAUUUUAUAUGACAAGUUUCGAUUCUUAAGCUUUUGGCGCAUGUCGGAUAUUGCCUCGUAAGCACAAAUUUAACGAAUUUUAUAUGACAUACGAAAAAUUGCACAACCCUAAUAUAUACCUUGUACGUAUCCUUCCCAACAUUGAAACAUGGCUCUCGUGUACCUUCCAAUCAACCUUCUCUUCUCCAAGCUCAGAAGGAUUCGU